CGCGACAGAAAACACGAACAAUGGAGUUCGAUCGAAAUUUUGACACUAGCGAUGGAUGGUCAUCGCAUGAUAUUUCACAAGAGAGAAAGAAUCAAAGUUUCCAAUCUCUCGGUGACAAAUUACCGCUUCCAGUGACUCUUGCAUCUUUGAGCACAAAAUUGGAAGAUACAGACGAUGAUUCAUAUCAAAUUGGAGAAUAUAGUUUUCGAACAAUUCACACAGUUGGCGUAAUCUUGGAAAAAUCGUACGAGGAUGGGAAGACAACAUAUACACUUCAUGAUCCUGAAGAUACUGCCAAGAUAUUUCACGCAGUUCAAUUCGGAAAUUACAACGAUGGUGGCUCCAAGUUCGUCUCUCCGGGUUUAGAGGAAGACACGCGAGUCCGUCUGAUGGGAAAAUUGAAGAAUGUCGCAGGAAAUAAAAUGAUUCUUAUAUACUACCUUCAAAAGUUGGCUGACAACAAGGAGUAUGAAAUUUUCAAGUUGGAGACACAAGCUUCUUAUUUAUUCUUCAAAAAGAAUUUGAUCGAGCGAAUGCGAACUUCUAAAGCUUAUAAAUGGGAAGGAAUGCUGGCUCCGCCGUUGUCACGACAAAAUCAUAAAAUUGACGCACAGGCUAUUUUGAGCCCAGUUAUCACUAGACAAGUGAAACCGACCACGAAAACACAGUCCGAAUCAAUUUCACCAAAAACUUCUUCGGCAUUGAAAGCGAAGGUUGGCGCAGUUAUCCGAUCAGAAGCCGCCAGUAAGGGAUACGGCGACGAAGAAGGCGUACCAUUCGAAAGAAUCUUGGCUCGCAUAAAAGAUAUUCCAGAGUCUCGUCUUCGAGACAUUCUGACAGAAAUGGGAGACAGUGGAAUGAUUUACUCGGCCAGAGACAAUGAGUUCAUGUCGCUUAAUUGAUUCGGUCAAAUAUUUAGCUUUACUGAUGUUAUUCUGUACAAAAUAUACAAGUACAAAGUGCAUGACGCAUGCUUUUUAUAUUUUCAUAAAAUCAUAGUUUUGUUUAACUGACUUUUUCAGGAUGGUGGCUCCAAGUUCGUCUCUCCGGGUUUAGAGGAAGACACGCGAGUCCGUCUGAUGGGAAAAUUGAAGAAUGUCGCAGGAAAUAAAAUGAUUCUUAUAUACUACCUUCAAAAGUUGGCUGACAACAAGGAGUAUGAAAUUUUCAAGUUGGAGACACAAGCUUCUUAUUUAUUCUUCAAAAAGAAUUUGAUCGAGCGAAUGCGAACUUCUAAAGCUUAUAAAUGGGAAGGAAUGCUGGCUCCGCCGUUGUCACGACAAAAUCAUAAAAUUGACGCACAGGCUAUUUUGAGCCCAGUUAUCACUAGACAAGUGAAACCGACCACGAAAACACAGUCCGAAUCAAUUUCACCAAAAACUUCUUCGGCAUUGAAAGCGAAGGUUGGCGCAGUUAUCCGAUCAGAAGCCGCCAGUAAGGGAUACGGCGACGAAGAAGGCGUACCAUUCGAAAGAAUCUUGGCUCGCAUAAAAGAUAUUCCAGAGUCUCGUCUUCGAGACAUUCUGACAGAAAUGGGAGACAGUGGAAUGAUUUACUCGGCCAGAGACAAUGAGUUCAUGUCGCUUAAUUGAUUCGGUCAAAUAUUUAGCUUUACUGAUGUUAUUCUGUACAAAAUAUACAAGUACAAAGUGCAUGACGCAUGCUUUUUAUAUUUUCAUAAUAAAUAUGUUUUCCAUC